AUGUCUUACGAUCGGUAUUUAGCGAUAUGCAAACCUUUGCACUAUGCAACACUUAUGAAUGGCAGAUUCUGCCGCCAGCUAGCAGCUGGGUCAUGGAUAAAUGGAUGUCUGGCUAUUGCCAUCAUAACAUGCCUUAUGUUACAAUUAAAUUUCUGUGGUCCCAAUGAAAUUGAUCAUUUCUUCUGUGAAUCCACACAAAUAAUCAAUCUCUGCUGUACUGACACCUACCUGAUAGAUCUUGUCAUUACAAUCCUGGUUGGUCUAUUCACUCUGCCUCCAUUUGCAUUAACAGUGGUGUCCUACGUUUCUAUCAUCUCCACUAUCCUGACCAUCCCUUCUACCACUGGCAGGCAGAAGACAUUUUCCACCUGCUCCUCGCACCUCAUUGUGGUGACAAUGUUCUACGGGAUGCUAAUGAUUGUGUAUCUGCUGCCCAAAACCAACACGCUCAGAGACCUCAACAAGGUGUUCUCUGUCUUCUAUACAAUCCUGACCCCUAUGACCAAUCCCUUCAUAUACAGUCUGAGGAACAAAAAGGUGAAGGAGGUGCUGAGAAAAAUUGUCUGUAAAUGUGCAGACUUUACAAGAAUUCCUAACUGA